AUAGCUUACGAGAAGCGUUUGGAAUGCGCAUGUCAAGUAUACCACUGGCGUUUCACAGACUUUAAUCGUAUAUAAGCGGCAGUAUUUUCACACGGCUCCAUUCGAGAAAAUGUCAAACCUACAGUGAAAAAAGAAGAAGACACCAUGGCAAAUAAGAAGACAUCAUCUACCCGCGGACGAAGAAAAGGAAAGAGGACUCCAUCAUCAGCCGUUGCUAAAGCUGACGAACAACGUGUUUGUGCACCUGCAGAUGUAGUUGAACCAUCUGAUGAUGAUGCACUUAUUCCUGAGACAUCUUUGAAUAAUGCGCGACAUGUUCCUGAGCUCUCAAAAUCUCCAACACAACCUUCCCAAGACUCCCAUAAUUCAUCAGCUUUAUCAUCUGAAACCAUUGAUGACUUCACCUCCUUCCGGCGGGCUGAUAGCAAGGAGAAAAAUAAGAGGAAGAGGGCGAAGAAAACCCCUACAACCUCAGCGCCACAGAAGAGGAGCUGAUGCUGGAGUUUAUCAUGGACAAUCCUGUGCUGUGGAAUGUGAAGAUGACAGAUUAUAGGCGGAAAGACAAGAAAGAGAAGAUCUGGGAAGAGCAAGCACAUCAGAUGAACAAGACUGUUGACAUCCUCAAGGGCUGGUUCAGAUCGUUGCGCGACACCCAUACGCGCCUUGACAAGAAGAAAAGCGGGGAUAGUGCUCCAAACCUGACUGAGAGAGAACAGUGGAUCCUCUCAAAGUUUGCCUUCCUGAAGACUGUCACUCGCCACCGACCGGAGCCCAUGCAGAGUGUGAAGGAAACCAUCCAGCUUCACAGAGGAGAUCUUAAUGCUGCCGAGAGCGCCUGCGCUGAUAUGCAGGAUGUCUUAGAUGAAGUCACUCCAAUACCAUCAUCUACCGCUGGAAGGUCCCACAAGCGACCUCAGGACACAGAGAGUGACGUCCUUGAGACUCUACAGAAGAGAGUUGCUGAGUCUGGCACCAUCCUCAAAGACAUCUACAAAGCCAAACAACAGCCCAUUACAGCACGAAGUGUCUUUGCAAAUUAUGUUAAAGAGAGCCUUUUGACUAUGUCCAAGUCGAAGUACAAGAAGGCAAGGUCCUCCAUCAAUAGGUUAUUGUCUGAACUCAUGGAUGAGGACAGCGAUGAUGAAUUUCCAAGUGCAAUGGCGGCUCCAUCUAUCAAAGUUAACCAACAAGGGAUCCCUUCUCAACCACCCCACGAUUUGCACCCCACUACAAGAAUUCCCUUCUGUUCAUUUAGAGCAUCAGCACCAUCCUUCUCUGAGCAUUAUCAGAAACCCAGCAACAUGCCUAUAAAUAUGCCUCCGGCACCGUUGGUGAGAGGCUCUCAGCCCGUGGAGUACAUGCAGUUAUUUCAGUAUCCGCAUCAUCACAAGACUACCACUAAACAACAGCAGAUGAUUCCUCCUUCCCAACAACUUGCUGAGCAACCGUUGCAGCAAGGCCCGGUUCGUGCCUCUUUGGCUUCUGCAACAGAGUUAAUAACGAAAACGUCUAGCCCAACGCCGCACAGUCCAAGCUCAGCCUUUGAACAAAGUCACCCGAACAUUACUAGUCUUUCAGGAUUUCGAGAAAUCAUGGAAUCUACUGAUGAUAUUGGAUUUCAGGAUGAGGUUUUCAACCUUCGACCACCAUCGUGA